AUGACCAUGUAAGUUUUAUGCAUUUUUUUUAAUAUUCUUGAAAUGUAGUUUCUCCAUUUCAGGAAAUUUCAAGGAAAUGUUAAUGCUUACAUGUAACCAUUUCUUUCAAAGGUAUUAAUUUUUAAAGUAUAAUAUAUGUAAGAACUUAAAUGUUUAAUAUUUGCUUUUUUUGUAAUAUUAAUCUUUUUUUAUCUUAUUCUGUGAAUUUUAAUAUUAUUAAUAUUAUUAAGUCCAAGCAAAGUAUACAUAUAUAAUUUAGCAAAAUUAAAUGUUUCAAAAAUGUAAUAAUUUUAAAAACGAUUCAAUUUUGAAAAUUUAUUUCAUUUUCUUAAAUUUUAUUAGAAAAAAAUAUAUAUCAUGUAAAAAUAAAUAUAAUAUAAUUAAAGUUUAAUUAUUGUUAAAAAAUUAUAUAUUAAAAAAUUCAAUUAUAAAUUUUUUUGUAAUUGUAUUAUAAUAGCUAUUUUUAUUAUACUAUUAUUACAAUAAAAAAUUCAUCAUUUUAUGAAUUUUAAAUGUAAUCGACUUAAAAUUCUAAUAUGUACAAAAAAAUGUACAUGGUUAUGAGGUAAUCAAUAGUAAUAUGUGUAAAUGAUUGCAAAAUAUUAUUAUUUCACAAGUCAUGAAAUUAUUAUAAUUAAUAGACUAAUUAAAUGAUAAAAGUGAUGCAAUCAUUUAAAAGUGAAAUAAUAAUAUAUAUAAGAUAGUAAUUAAUACUGUUUUUUUAUUUUCAGAAAAUGGUUUCAUCUAAUCAACCGGUAAGAACAAUGCUAAUAGUAAAUUGUUUUCCAUUUUGUUUCCAUUUGAUGACCUCAUUGUUUAUUUUUCACGUAUAACAUUAUUUUUCUCAAAUAAAUCAUUAAUAUAAGUUAAAUGACAAUUUGUUUAUAGGUACAUAAGGUAUUGUGUUUUUGUAAAUUUUUUUAUAUAUUUUAUUAAGACCUUUUAUAACUUAUCAUUCAUAAUUAAUGUACAAAUAGAUUAAAUAUAAGCUCAAUGAUAUCGCAUUAUCAUUAUCAUAUGAUUUUUGUAAUAAUAGCAAAAAUUUUGAGCAAGAUAAAAUCUCAAACAGACACCAUACUUUCUGCAAACAGAGGUAUGGUCGAUUUUAGAGGUACAAAAUAAGUGUAAAAUUUUAUUUAAUAAUUAGUAUUUAUAAAUGCAUGCAUUAUAAUUAUAUAAGGAAAUAUUAUGUAAAUAAGCAUUAUUAAUUACACGUUUCAAUUUUGCAGAGAAAAACAAAAAUAUUUGUGGGUCGGUUACCAGAAAAUUGUCGCAACGAUGAGUUGCGACAAUUAUUUUUACGUUUUGGUGAGGUAACGGAAUGCGAUGUCAUGAAUCGAUAUGGGUUUGUCCACAUGGCACGUGAGGAAGAUGCAGCUGCUGCGAUCAAAGCUCUUCACAAUUCCAACUUCAAAGGGGCAACAAUCAAUGUGGAACAGUCUACAGGCAAAUCACGUGGCGGCGGAGGAGGACGCAGGGAUGGAGACAGAAGAGGUGGACCAGUGAGAGGUGGUAGGGGAGGACGAGACGGUGGUAGAGACGCUCGUCCUGGACCAUACAAUGAUAGAAGAGUUCUUCCGAUCCAACUCGUUGGUUACGAUGGAUCUGCUGCAGGUGGCGUCGCGACGGGGUACACCGAUUACAAUCGUGGCGCUGGAGACUUUAGUGGACGUGGAGCCGACUUUGGGACUGGAUACACUGAUCGUGGAGCAUAUGGUCAGAAUGUGGGAAGCGCGGCAAUGGGUUACACAUCAACGGCACCUGGAAUGGGAGGAGGAUACGGACCAGCAACUGGAGCUGUUGGAGGAUACGGACCAACUGGAACAGCCGAUUAUGGUCGAACUGACUACAGCCGCGCUGCAGAUUUUGGAGCUAGAACAGAUUAUGGUAAUUACGGUGUAGUUGGAGGUGGAAUGACUGGGGAUUUUAAUCGUGGUGCACCAGGUCCAAUGGAUUAUGGACGUACAGAUAACUUUGGUGCAAAUCGUACAGUUGAUUAUACAGCUAGAAAUGAUUAUGAUCGAGCUGCAACUGGGCCUAUGAGAAACGGUGGUGGUGCAGUUGCCACUACCGGGGGUUAUCCGGGCGGGCCUGGGGAUAUGAUGGGUGGGCCCGGGGGGGUAAGUCAGGGAGCUUCAGUGGCCUAUGACAGGAGGGAUGGUCCCCCUGUUAAUGAUAUGACUCCAUUUAACAGGCCAAUGAGUACUGGACCCAGCUACAGCACUGGAGCGCCUAGUUAUAGUACUGGUCCUGGACCACAAGCAGACAUGUUUAGUAGAAGACCUGGCAGUGCCGUCCCUAGUGGUGGAUAUCCACCUGUUGGUGGAGGGUGAGUAGAAAUGUUACAUUUAUUUUAUUAUUUAAGACAUCUAUUUAUAAUAUAUAAGAUUUAUACAUAUAUAUAUUUAUGAUUUAUUUAUUUAUACUUGUGUGAUGUACGAAUGUUCAAUAGUCUGAUUCAGAAGACUUUACCGAAGAAGUCGUGUAGUAACCCGAUAUUUCCGUGAGCGGUCAGAAGAUUCGAUCCGAGCAAGCUAUUGUUGAUUUCUUUGAAUGUGCUCGGGGAAGUAUUGGAUUACCUGAUUACAUUCGUAUACUAUAGAUAUCCAGUCUAAUAUAUCUGAUAUUUCCGGAUACAAUUGAACAAUAUUGCUAUUUGGCAUCAAAUUAUAAAUACAAGACCUUGCUUUCUUUUAUAUAAUUUCAUACUGACAAUUGGUAAUUGCAUGUUAACACGAGUAAAUUAAUUCAGUAUCCUUUAUAAAUUCUGCGAAUUAUCUAAAUAUACUAUAAUGUUACCUUUAUAAUAUUAUAAUGCAAUUAUAUUGCAAUUAUUGUUAGUUACAAUGGACAUAAUUUUUGUUGUAGCUAUACUGAAGGGUACGACAGACCAGACGCAUAUGGUCCUCCGCGUGGUGGCGGACGGUAAGUCCUAUUAUUAUAAUAAUAAUUAUUAUUACUAUUAUUAUUAUUGUUAUUAUUGUUUAAUACGUUAUACUCCUUACACUCCAAUGCGUUUUUUAAAGUGAUACUGAUCACACAGCGUUAAAGAGCGAUAUUAACUUAUGCGAGUAGUCAUUCACUGUUCAGGCGACUACGCUCUUUUUGCGCAACGUCAUUUAAUUUGAUUGAACACUGGUCACAGUGUAUUCACGUUUCUAUGCGAAUCGAUGUAGGUUAAACAUUUUCUGUAAAAGUAUAAGGUGUGACACUUAGCGCGAGAUCACGAAUAUUUCGUGAUCGUAGAAAUGCGAUAUGUGUUUGUGCACAUAGCAGCACAAAAUUCAGAUUUCUGUUGUCGAUACGAACAAAUUGUUCUGCGACUUUUCUAGUGUCGAGUGUAAAAGAGAACAGAGGUAGUUGAACAUUUUAUUCAAAUGAACGUAUAAACCUGAAGUCUCAGUUUAAAAAUAAGCGUGCGAAGCGAAUUUGAUUUGUAAAAUUUGUUUAGAGAAUCGUAAAAGAAAAGAAAAACUAG